AUACCCCGCGUGCUCAGGUUGUGUUAAACAGUCACUUCCAGCGAGGGGGUCGCGUUCUGCCCCCUCUAAACCAUGGAAAUGAGCCUCUGGAGUUUGCAGAGCUGGCAGUAAUCCGAGUUGAAAGAGACAGUGGAAGAAAGCUGAUAACUUCCGUUCCUCACUCCAGAACAGCAGACUUUCCUUUGACUCCUGUUUGAAGUCAGCGCGCAGAGAUUUAAGAGUUUUUUUGUUUUGUUUUUAACAGUCACGUGGUUCGUCCCAGAGCCCCAAAGCGCAUCAGGGUUCAUGUAGCGCUCUGAGAUUAGCGGAGUUUUGGCAGAAGGAGCGCUUUUCUCUGCGGCGCUGAGCAGACUCCGCGUCGAGGACACAGAGUCGGGAUUUCAAGGCUCCAAGAUGAUUUAAGACAUCAAGGCUUUGAUGAUUACAUUUAGACCUAAGACCCAUGCAAGACUCUGCUCAGUAAAUCUGCCUGUGGGACCCCCCCUCCCCUCUUAAAAGCCUUGUCAUUCAAAGGGAAAGGAUGUUUGACAAUCCCUGCUUGUUCAAUUAAUUGGAAACGUUGUCGGGAUGUUGGUCCCUCUCAUCUGCUACUUAGAAAGACAAAGGCUCGGCGGGGGGGUCUUCACACCUCCCUGCGUGGCGGUGCUAUAAAGCAAGGCCUUUCUGCGCAGAGUUGUAUUCAGCGUCCAGCUUCACGCGGAUCAGCACUGUCAGGAUGCACGCGCAGAACGGAGCGUCGGAAGUUUGCGAACACUCCGUGCGUAAUUACGCACGGAAGCCGCUUUUCCAGCUGGGUCUCGGGGAUCAGAGUACGUCGACGGCAAAGCGGCCCAACAGCGGAAAGUCUUUCACCAUCGAGGCCUUGCUGUCCAAACCAGAGGAGGCCGUGGACGCGCGCAGGAAUCCGGCUCAGCGCGGGGCCGCCGCUCUCCCGCCUCUUCAUGCACAUGCCGGGUUUCAGAUGCUUCCAGCGCCCUAUGUAUGGCACUCCACCUUCCACACGCAGCCCGGAUAUUCCAUCCCCUGCUGCCCCUCUCUGGCAUACCAACCAUCGUGCCGUGGAGCAUUUUACGCACAAGCUGCGAUGUCCAAAGUCAACGCAGGCCUGCAGUCAUUCAAAGCCAAGAGUGGGAAGUCCAAACGGAUGCGCACCAGCUUCACCAGCGAGCAGCUCUCCCGCCUGGAGAAGGAGUUCGCCCGGCAGCAGUACAUGGUCGGCUCGGAGCGGUUCCUGCUCGCCUCCGCGCUGCAGCUCACAGAGGCUCAGGUCAAAGUUUGGUUCCAGAAUCGACGCAUCAAGUGGCGCAAACAGAGCCUGGAGCAGCAGCAGGCCAAACUGGCCAAGCUGGGUCUGGCGCCCCCCCCAAAGAGCCCCGGGUCACAAGGCCACGAGGGAGACCAGGACGAGGACUUCUCCGGGUCAGAUGUGGAGAUCAACGUGAUGGAGGAUUCUUCCGAUCUCUGA